GCAGCAGCCGCCUCCUUUGCUGCCUCCUCCCCACCCGCACGCCCUCCCCUUCCUUUCCCACAUUCUCUCACUCCCCCCCCCCCACACUGCAAGCUCUCUCUGUCUCCCCCACCGCGCUUCCUUCCUUUCUGGUCUCGCUUCUCGCCUUCCACACACGCUGCCUUUGGGUUCCCGCACACACCCUGCAACAACACCCCCCACCCCACCCCAAAUGCUAGCCUCAGCAGCACCGUAGGAGACGCACAAGGGGACAAGACCCCCGCCAGCACCCCCUCAUCCAUCGAGGCGAGCUAUCCAAGAACCAGGCGUGAGGGGGGGGCGAGUGGUAACCCUGAACCCCGGAAUAUCUGAUGUGCUACAGACCUUUGCCAGCUAGUUGCUUGUGUCAAGAAAGGGAUGGAUUGCCUGUGCAUAGUCACUACCAAGAAAUAUCGUUACCAAGAUGAAGACAGCCCCCCGCUGGAGCACAGCCCCGCCCACCUCCCCAACCAGGUAAAGGCCCCCGAACUGGUCCACGUGGCGGAGAAGAACCUAUCCCAGAUCGAGAGCGUCCACGGCUACGUGUCCCACUCGCACAUCUCCCCCAUGAAGGCCAAUUCCCCACCGGUGAUCGUGAACACAGAUACCUUAGAAGCACCAGCUUAUGUAAAUGGAACAGAAGGCGAAAUGGAGUACGAGGAGAUAACUCUAGAACGGGGUAACUCCGGUUUGGGGUUCAGUAUCGCUGGAGGCACCGACAACCCCCACGUUGGGGAUGACCCCAGUAUCUUCAUCACAAAGAUCAUUCCUGGCGGGGCAGCGGCACAAGACGGAAGACUAAGGGUGAACGACAGCAUCCUCUUUGUCAAUGAUGUGGACGUGCGGGAAGUGACGCAUAGCACGGCCGUGGAGGCGCUGAAGGAGGCCGGCUCCAUCGUGCGCCUUUACGUCAUGCGCAGGAAGCCCCUCGCCGAGAAGGUGAUGGAGAUCAAGCUGAUCAAAGGCCCCAAAGGGCUGGGCUUCAGCAUUGCAGGCGGCGUCGGGAACCAGCACAUUCCUGGAGACAACAGCAUCUACGUCACCAAAAUCAUUGAGGGCGGGGCAGCCCACAAGGACGGGCGCCUGCAGAUCGGGGACAAGAUCUUGGCGGUCAAUAACGUCAGCUUGGAAGAUGUUAUGCACGAAGAUGCCGUGGCUGCCCUGAAGAACACGUAUGACGUUGUCUACCUGAAGGUGGCCAAGCCCACGAAUGUGUACCUGAACGAUUCUUACGCCCCACCCGACAUCACUUCCUCCUACUCCCAACAUCUGGACAAUGAGAUUGGUCACCAGAGUUACCUGGGUACUGACUACCCACAAGCCAUGACCCCCACCUCCCCUCGGAGGUAUUCCCCCAUCCCUAAGGAGCUGAUGGGCGAGGAAGAUAUUCCCAGGGAACCGCGCCGUAUUGUCAUCCACCGUGGCUCAACGGGGCUGGGCUUCAACAUUGUGGGGGGUGAGGACGGCGAGGGGAUCUUCAUCUCCUUCAUCUUGGCCGGGGGGCCAGCCGACCUCAGCGGGGAGCUCCGGAAAGGGGAUCAGAUCCUCUCGGUCAAUGGUGUGGAUCUCAGGAAUGCUACUCACGAGCAGGCAGCCAUUGCUCUGAAGAAUGCUGGGCAGACGGUCACCAUCUUCGCUCAGUACAAGCCAGACGAAUACAGCCGCUUUGAGGCCAAGAUCCAUGAUCUCCGGGAGCAGCUGAUGAACAGCAGUUUGGGCUCAGGGACCGCGUCGCUGCGGAGCAACCCCAAGCGGGGUUUCUACAUCCGGGCGCUCUUUGACUACGACAAGACGAAGGACUGCGGAUUCCUGAGUCAGGCCCUGAGCUUCCAUUUUGGAGACGUCCUGCACGUGAUUGACGCUUCCGAUGAGGAAUGGUGGCAGGCGCGGCGCGUCCAUCCGGACAGUGACAGUGACGAAAUUGGGUUCAUCCCCAGCAAGAGACGGGUCGAGCGGCGAGAGUGGACACGGCUAAAAGCAAAGGACCGGGUGCCAGGAUCGGGCUCUCAAGGUCGAGAAGAUGCUGUCUUGAGUUACGAAACCGUCGUACAAAUGGAAGUUCAUUACGCUCGCCCCAUCAUCAUCCUGGGUCCUACGAAGGAUCGAGUCAACGACGACCUCCUCUCGGAGUUCCCCGACAAAUUCGGCUCCUGCGUCCCACACACCACGCGGCCGAAGCGGGAGUAUGAGGUGGACGGCCGAGACUACCAUUUUGUGGCCUCGCGCGAGAAGAUGGAGAAGGACAUUCAGAGCCACAAGUUCAUCGAGGCCGGCCAGUACAACAGCCACCUCUACGGGACGAGCGUUCAGUCUGUGCGCGAGGUGGCUGAGCAGGGCAAGCACUGCAUUUUAGACGUGUCGGCCAAUGCAGUGCGCAGGCUUCAGGCGGCACAGCUGCACCCCAUCGCCGUCUUCAUCCGGCCUCGCUCCUUGGAGAACGUGCUAGAAAUUAACAAGCGGAUAACGGAGGAGCAGGCGCGGAAAGCCUUCGACAGAGCCACAAAGCUGGAGCAGGAGUUCACGGAGUGCUUCUCGGCCAUCGUAGAAGGAGACAGCUUUGAAGAAAUCUACCACAAGAUCAAAAGAAUCAUCGAAGAGCUCUCUGGUCCGUACAUCUGGAUCCCAGCUCGUGAGAGACUUUAGGAGCUAUGAACUGAUUUUUCCAGAAGGGAUCGCGAACAUAACGACAGCGGAGCAGCCUCCAGCGAGUGGGGGCCGACUCUGUCUCUUGCCACUGAACUUAGCUGUUUGGUUAAUAUUUUGGGGGUGGGCGGGGACGUCUUGGGAUGGGCUUCUUUUGUUUCUUCCUUUUAUUCUUUAAUAUUCUCAUUUUUCUUUCUUUCUUUUUUUCUUCUUGCGUGAUCCGGCCGCCCCGCUCCAAACCUGGUUCGAAACGCUCCCGUUUAAUUUCUGCAGCAAAAGGGGUUUCCCCAUCCUCAACAGCGCUAGGGCAUGCAUGCUGUCAUUUGGGGGCAGGUGGUGGCGUGGGGAGCAGGGGGUGCAGGGAGGGCGGGAUUUGUUUCUUAGAUUCGGAUCUCUUUUGUUUUAUGAGCAGCAAAGUGGAUAGAGGGGAGGCACGCACAGAAAACGAAGGCAAGAGAAAGACAGAAGCAAAACCAGGGAGAUAGAGAUAUAUUUUUUAAAAAAGAAACUUUUCUGCAAAGAGAAGCCGCUUUGAUCAGUUUACCUUCUCUGGAAGGGGCUAGGAUGCAAUUUUUUUUAAAGUACCUUGAAACUGGGAUGAGAGUUUGGCCAGGAGUUUAGGGACCCUUUUCAUCUUGUGAUCCUCCUUAGCAGAGAAGGGGUGAGACGGGGAGAUCUCUUUGAAGUGAAAACGACUGUCAGAGAGAAAACUACGAAACAAAUUCUCUGUGCUAUGUUUUGCUUUUCUUAAGUUUGUUUUCCCCUGGGAAGGAAGACUUCGUUCCUUUCCACUCUAUUUUUGGCUGAAGAGUCUUUUAUGAUGGAAACAAGCACAGAUCCAGGACUGAAGAAGCUAAGAUACUUUCUCACUUGCAAGUACGGCCUGUUGACUUUGGGAUAUAUAAUAUAUAUAGAUUAUAUAUAUAUAUAUAUAUACAUAUACAUAUACAUAUACAUAAUUAUUUUUUUCAAUUGAUUUUCUCUCUCUCUUGGUACCCCCCCUCUUAUUUAUUUAUUUUUGUCCUCUACAGUGCAUGGAAAGGGUUACUUGUGGCUUCAAAACUUUUCAUAGAGAGGAGGACAAGCAAAACAAGACAAAAAUAAUUUAACCAAUUUACUGAUCUAGCAAUCUAUAUUUUUCUUUCAGGGGGAAGGGAGGGAGAGGAGAAGAGAAGAUAAAAAAGAAAUAAGAGUCUUUGGUUUUGGUUAUAAUUUUUUUUAAUGUCCUGUGACUAUUUUGGGGGGUCAUAUCAAGUAUUUUGGUGUGACUGUGCGUGACGUAUGGAAUUUAAAAUUACAAAGGAGAACAGUUUUAAGGGGUGGGAGAGCUCUGUCAGAGGGCUGUCUUAGUUUCACAUCUGAAGAUUUUAAUUUCCAAAUCUAACGGAUUCAUUAUUAUUUUUUGUAUAUAACGGGGAGAGAGAAAAAGAGGAUGGACUUGUGGGGGGAUUUGCAGAAAUAACCCCUCACUACCACCACCGCUGCUGCUGGCCCCACGCAAGGCACAAGACCCCCUGCACUGUAGCCCAUCCAGAAGCGUGUGGGGUGGGGGAAGGGCUAUGGGUCAACCAUUCCUACAGGAAGGAAAACAGUUCUUCUGAAGAAGCUAUUUCUGUAGCUGCUGUAGCGUUAAGCAACGUGGACCCUCAGGAUCUAAGCUUCCACUGGGAUGGGUGCCCCCACCAAAAAUAAAUCCAGGCUUCUUGGGGGCCCCCUCCCAUUAUUUUCUGAGUAAAAUGUUAAAGGAAGGGGUUAAAACUAACAUUUCAAAAUGGGGACUGUGGUCUGGAUGCUUCAGCCUAAGGAGAGAGGUUUUCCUUGGGGCUGGUUUUCCCUCCCCCCUCUCCAAAACAAACCCAAGCUUCCAGUCCUCACUGAUUCAGGAAUAAACUUCAGAGGAAGUGGUUAAGCGUGUCUCACUUAUUAAAAGCUGCUGAGAGAGCAUAAACUUGGCCUAGGAAAUUGCUGGAGCUGGCCAGCAAAAGUUUUCUUCCCUUAGCAGCCCCACAUCUUCGAAAGAAGCUCCCAGCUGAGGUGGAGAACCCCCUGCGAGGCUAAAUGGAAGGGGAGUCUGGAGAACGAUGGAGGGAACAGACGAGCACAAAGACCCACACACUUGCAGGGAUGGGCCCCGUGUGGCUGUGCUCCCUCCACGCCCACCCCACCCCCCGCAUCGGCACCUGUGUCGAUGUGCCAGUUCACCUACAGACAGGUGGAUCUGGGGAACCAGGGAAGCAUCUUCCCCAAAGGGAAGGCAAUGAGUCCAGACCUGGCCCCUCGACAUGGCGCCACAGCUCAGUGGGGGCCCGGGCGCCUCCUCCAGAGCCCCUUCUGAAGUGGGUGGGAGAGUGGGGUGCCCACCUUCCUAGGUCCUCUGGGACUGUUGAGAGGGCUAGACAGGACCGGACGCCUGGGUCCCCUCCUUCCCCGCCCCUCGUGACGCUCCACAUUUGGAGGUGCCUCUCGUCACACCGACUUGUCAAGGGCUUUCUCCCAAGAGACAGGAGGACCCCCCCACCCUGCUCCGCCCCAGGAGGCGUGUGUGGGCGCUGGAGAGUUUGCCGAGGGCCCCUUCCUUCCCCCUCCCCAGAGCUUUAUUUAGAACAAAACAACUCCAGGAUGUAAUUGGAGGGGGUUUGUUUCUGUUUCUUGCUGGGGGCCAUGUCAGGUUUGUUGGGGGUGGGGUGGGUGGGUGCAGGGACGGGCGGGGAGAUAUAAGAGAGUAUUUUGCAUAGAGAUAUUAUCGCCUUCGGCAAAGAAUAAUUAAAAACCAACGAAAAAACCCA